AUGAUAUCCAAUUAUAAGAAAGAGGUGGACAAUAAGGUAGUUGAUGCUCUCUCUAGACUUCCUCAUUCUGAAGCUACUUACAAUGCUGUCACAGUUUCUUCACCCGCUUGUCUUGUUGAGGGUAUACUAAGAUAUAAAAGUAAAUUAUACAUUGGUGAGGGUAAAUGCAUUAAACAAGCCAUCAUGGCCUCAGUCCAUUCUUCAGCUGUGGGGGGUCAUUCUGGUACUUAUGCUACAUACACAAGAGCUAAAGCUUAUUUUUUCUGGCCUGACAUGAAAAUAGAUAUUUUCUGGUUUGUUAUCUCUUGUGACAUUUGUCAAAAGAACAAGGGAGAACAUACCCAUCCUCCUGGACUUCUACAACCACUCCCAGUUCCUGAGCAAUCUUGGCAACAUAAAUCAAUGGAUUUCAUUGAAGGAUUACCAAAGAGUGACAAGAAGUCUGUUAUCUUGGUGGUGGUAGACAUAUUAACCAAGUACAACCAUUUUAUUGGGAUGUCUCAUCCUUAUACUGCUAUCACUAUUGCCAUAGCAUUCAUCAACAAUGUUAUCAAGCUUCCUGGCCUACCCUCUUCUAUAAUCUCAGACAGGGACAAGGAUACAUUACACAAAUCUCAUGAGAGAAUGAAAAUUUUUGCUGAUAGAAAACGAAGUGACAGAGUCUUUGAGGUAGGUGACUGGGUAUAUAUUAAACUUCAGCCGUAUAGGCAAACCUCCAUUGCUCUGCGUAAAAAUUUUAAGCUGUCUGCAAAGUAUUAUGGUCCAUUCCAAGUGUUGCAGAAAGUGGUUGCAUUGGAUUAUAAGUUGCAAUUACCCACUAGAAUCAGAGUACAUCAUAUUUUUCAUGUUUCUCAGUUGAAGAAACAAAUUGGUCUCUCUCACACUUCAUCUCUACAACUUCCUCUGGUUGAUCAUGAAGGACAAGUGGUGGUUGAUCCAGUUGCUCUUUGGACACUCGACUUAUCCUCAGAAAUGGUGUGCAGAUCCCUCAAUUACUCAUUCAGUGGCAAAUUUUUCGGUGGGGGAUGCAACUUGACAGGACACUUCCACUGUUUCUGCUCAUUUCCCUGA